CUUAACCUCUCUUGGCAUGGCCCCCCUUUCUGGUUGAGUCGACUUAUAAGAUCACACAGGACACGGAGAAAAUUCUCGGUGACUCCGGACUUCUCCCCCACUGGCCAGUCGACUGAUCUCCCCGGUCCGCCGGUCCGGCAUGGUCCACUCACGGGUGAACCGUUCGCCUUUCGGGUGAAACGAUGUGAAGCGUUCGACCCAGGAAGCGCCAUCCGAAGGGGACUCGGUUCGUUGGACCAUGUGUGGUGACCAGUGGCGGCCGAGGGCGGCUUGUCAUGAUCAUUCUGAGUUUAGUGGGUUGGUCUUCUGGCGUGUUUGACGAGGUCUUUCGGAAGCUCAACAAGCUGGCAGGAUUAAUUUGUUCCCCGUUCUCGUGGCAAAAAUGCCCACCCGUUGCCAUCGCAACUUCCUUGGCAUCCCGGAAGCCUCCAUCGGCCCCACGGUUUUGGGGCAAAUCCAAAAUCUGAAAAGCUAAGCCUCUGAAGCCUCUGACUCACUAACAGUAUGUGGUUUUGAUAUGUUUUGACAUACCCUCAACCUUAAGCUUAUGAUUUCAGCAUAUUUCAGCUAUAGGCUAUACCGUCCCCCAACGAUGGAGUCGCUCCCUCGCAAGAGUCCAUGGGAUGGAGUGAAGGCACCACGAAGGCGGGCCAUGCCAUGCCAUCCACGUUGGCCCAUGGAUGAGUUCAGGGAUUGUGCUCUCCCACUAUUUGAUGGAGAUCUUCUUUUGAACGAAAGGAUGGGAAAAGAGGCAGGCUGGUCAAGUCUUUAGAAACCCCCUAACAAAGCACGGCAUUAAAUUUUCACAGUGAGUUGUAGUGGAUUGGUGUAGAGACCUUCCAUUGAACCUGUUCAGAAAGUUUGUGCGCUGUGACCGUGGCAACGUCGUUGGGUGUUGCAUUCCAUAUGCUUUACAUGUGUGAUGUUGGCUGCCAGAGAAGUAAUAAAGCCAAGCAGUACUGACUAUGCGGCCAACAGAUCAUGAGUGAGCCUGGGUGCAGCUGGUUGGCAAGUGGGCGAAAUGAGGUUAUUGAUCUUGGCCGGGGCUUCAAUUUCAAAUGUUGCAGUUGUUGGCAAUUUGGAAGCUGAAGGAUCUGAAAGAUGACUUCUGAUGCCGAGUCUUUUUGAGACCCCUCCCCUUGACUGCAUCCUUUGUCGCUCGACCUUGGUCCAGGCGUGCUCAAGUCAUACAACUGAGCUUAGCAAGCAUAGCAAGUAAAAACAUGCCGGUGAAUAUGAGAACAGGGAGACACCCUGAAGAAUGCGGGAAAACUUAAAAGCAGCUAAAGCUUGUUGGUUGGGAGGGCCCCCUAUGGAAAGACACCCGUAAAGAGCAAGCGUGACUCAAGUCGAGUUCCUUGUGGGCUUCUUUGGUGAAGUAGCUGGGGCCCCCUGACUUACCAGACAUGGAGAACAUUGGUUGGGCACCUUUCGUCUGAGUGUGAGUUUGAAAAGGAUUCUGCAGUCGUGUGCUCACGUGGAUGGGACCUGAAAAUUUGCCCCCCUGCAGCUCUCACUGCGUCAUUGCUCACAGGAGCAGCAGCGGCCCGGACCCUAAGACUUCCCUUGCCGAAAUUGGAGGACGUGACGCAGGCGGUAGCUUCCUCAUUGUAACGUUUCCUUUUGCUCAUGCGGCCCAAUGAAAAGGAUGUUUCGUCAUUUGUUUUGGCAGAAUCAGAUAAAUGGUUCAUAUGGUAAGGCCACGACAGCGUAUUUUACAAAGUCAAAAAGAGUCAAAAAAAACAAAUGGAAAAGUAGAAAGCAUCACAAAAAAUCGGGAAAGUCGGAAAACAUAUCAAACAUGGACAGCAACUCGAAAAAGGUAAAAAACACAUAAGACUCUGCCCUGGGCCAAUUGUUUUUUUUGGUUUUUGACAUUUGAAACUUUCUGAUUUGAUUUUUCUUUGAACUUGACUUUUGGCACACUAUGUUGACUGAUUUGAUUUGUCUAACGUUUGUUGACACCGCGCUCUUUCCAAUGAAGGAUUUUAUUCAGGCUGGAGCUUCCAAAUAUGUAAACCCUUCUCAUGCCCACAACACGUGUGCUGUGUGAUUGAAGUGAGUACAGCUUUAUGGUCAUGUCGUGUGAACUAUGAUUGUUGAUCCAAACUCACAGGUUGGUUUUCGGAAUUGGAAAACACAUGCGAGAGCUGCUCAGGCUUUGCUGCUGGUUGCACUAACGUUCUACUCCCGAGGUCACGUGGGUGCCAGCUCUUUCUUGGCUCCAACUGCGACCAGGCGUCUUUCGCCGGCAACGCCCUCGUUGGUGAACUCGGGCUGCUGCCGCUUUGCCCCGCACUACCAAGGAGUGGAUUGGCAAGACCCCAAGGUGCGCGAGGACUUCAUGGCGAACGUGCUGAGCGUGGAGCGCCGCUUCUUCGCCGCCCCAGAUGUGGCCUUUGAUCGAGAUUCGGGCAUGACCUACGAUGGGACGAGCUUGAACCUGACGACCGGAGGAUUACAGUCCGACGGCUUGCGGGUUUUUUCUGCGGCCUCCAAGGAGGCUUUGCACUUGAGUUUGUUGGCCAUUGCCUUGCAGCCGCCUCAGGAUGUGGACGAGGAGCGUCGGGAGUUGCUGCCCUUGGUCUACAGCAUGGAUGAGGCCUUGGAGAUCUUGGAGAAGAAGGUGAGUUCCAUGGAGGACUUCGAUCGACGCUUCCCUGCCUGUGGCGGCUUCCUCCCCUGGUUCUGUUCUCGUGGCAUCAGCAAUGGCAGCUGCAAAGGCCUCAACGAGACCUUCACCUUCAUUGAACCCAAAGUGGACUCCGCCUCCGUGCUCAGUGUGCCCGCUUUGGACAAUGGGCAGAUGGCCUGGGCAGCAGUUGCUCUGGUCCAAGUGCUGCAGAAGCGGAGCUCUGAAAGCAGUCGGAUUUCUACCCUGGCUCAGCGCUGGGAAAACCGCCUGAAGCGCAUGCGGGCCACUGCUGUGAACCUCUUCUACGACGGCCCGGGCACCGGCACUGUCCGUGCCAUCGCCACGAUCAAGAAUGCCAGCGUGGAUGCCGCCAACAAUUCCACCAAUGCCUACAAUGCAGAGAACUACGUGCUUUGGGAUCCGUUCGAAGGUGAGAUGGUUGUUCUCUUCAUUGACCUCAUGGGGAAUUGGAGCAACUACACCGACCCCCAGGCGGAGAAGGACAAGAUUUGGAACAUCAAAGCGCAGCACGUGGAUCCAGUUCUCUACAAUGAGAGCAACAAUACCUAUGUGAUCCAGGAGGGCUUUUGGUUCUCCGCGCAUGAGCAAUGGAAGACCCUUCAGCUGCCUUACUUGCAGAUUCCAUUGGUGCAUCAUCUCUUCCGGAACGGAGAGAUGGCGCGCCUGACCUUCUCUGUGGUGAAGAACUUGAACGGCCUCAUGGCAUCUGUGAAUGCACCGACAGGCUUCCACUGUGAUAGCGCCUCAGGCGCGUACUGCAGCGCUCUUGGUAUCCAGUCUCUGGCAGAGCAGCCGAUUCUGACGGACCACGUCUUGACGCCCUAUGGCGCCUUUCCAGCGAUCCUCAUCGAACCGGCAGCAGGCUUAGCGUGGUACCAGCACAUGCUCCGCAUGCCACGCGCACAAACAGCUCUGGGCAGCAUUGAAUCCUUCUUGCAGAAUGGCACCUCUGUGGCAGCCAUGGUGACAUGGGAUGCCAAGGUCACCAGUGUCGUGGCCAUGCUGGGCGGCACCGGUGAUCUGGUACGUGCUCGGAUGGAGACCGAAGGUGUCAUGGACACCUUCGUUCAGCGUGUGGAAAGCAUGUAUGCGGACGUCUUCCAGAAGCCCUUGGCACAGACCAUGAAGAAAGGAGAGUCAAUGAGUGCGCGCAUCGCCGAACUUCCGGCGUUGCCUCUGCCGGCGGACCAGGCGAUGCCUAGCGAGCCCUACCACUACGCCAUGUGCGGAUGUGCGUCGCCCUAGGCUGAAGCAUUGGACCGGCACUGCCUGGCUCUGCUGCCUGCGAGAUGGUGUAUUUCCAGGCUGCAGAAUUCCGAAUUCGUUGCCAGAGUCUGUGGAAUUCACCCACCGUUCCGGAGACGUCC